GUUUCUCUUCUCUGAGGAGACAUGGUGUCUGAAAAGAUCCUUUGGAUACUGAUGCCCUAGGAGCCUGUUUAUGCUUCAUGUCACAGAUGAGGAACCGGAGCCGAGGGGCUGCUCGUGGAGUCGACCUGCCCAGAUCCUUCGUAGUGGAUCUGGGAGGGCUGGGGCCCACCUGCUCUGCCGGCCCUCGCCCCCAUCCUCUCUGCCCGGGGGGAGCUGGGGCCCCGCCACCUGUUCUUGUAUGACACGUUAUACAAACACGUGGUAUGGAAUUCAGAAGGUGCAGAAGGCGGGCCUCCCAGAGUCUCCGGCCCCGGGCUCUCGAUGGGCUGAGUGACCUGUGCGUUGACAGUGUUCUUGGAUGUCGUCAAACUGCCCUUCGAGGGGUCGGUGAGGUUGUGACCAGGACUAUGCAGACUCCACUGACCAUUCCUGUGCCUGUGCUCCGCCUCCCCCGGGGCCCUGAUGGCUGGAGCCGAGGCUUUGCCCCUGAUGGACGCAGGGCCCCCUUGAAGCCAGAGGUUCCUGGAAUCCCAGAGUCUCCCGGAGUUCCAGAAUCCCAGGAAUCCCAGGAACAGCGGGCCCGAGCCGCCCUUCGGGAACGCUACCUCCGCAGCCUGCUGGCCAUGGUGGGUCGCCAGGUGAGCUUCACAUUGCAUGAGGGCGUGCAUGUGACUGCCCACUUCGGAGCCACUGACCUGGACGUGGCCAACUUCUACGUGUCGCAGCUGCAGACUCCGAUAGGUGUGCAGGCUGAGGCGCUGCUCCGGUGUAGCGACAUCAUUGCAUACACCUUCAAGCCCUAAAGACAUUAUUAUGUUCUGCCUUGGGCCUAGCCACAAUGUCCCGGGCCUCCGAAUGAUCCUGAGCCCAGAACAACAGGCCCCAUAGAGUUCUGAACUCCUUCAGCAUUUUGAACCAAGCUCCAAGCAACCGGUUUCUUGGAUCCUCCAGGGUCUAGUCAGUAAAAUUCUGCAACCCCAGGAGCUCCAGAUCGUGUUGAAAGGGAAGCUCUACCUCACAGAACUCUAAACUGGACAGAAACAUGGGCCUCAUGCCAAACCCUGAGGACUGGGGAGGCGGAGGGGGACUGCGGGAAGGCAAAUGGCAGAGUGGUUAAUUGUUGAUUAAGGAAGUUGCAAAGUUCAGCCACCCUGAAGAUGCUCCCCAAUACUCCCCUCCUGCCAAAGAACCAAUACUCCCAAAAAAAUUCGCCUCCUGUUGUUCUUUUAAGUGUACCACUCAGGGACCGAGCCAGAUUUAGCGGGUGGAAGGGUGGCUAUCCGAGGGCUGGAUCGGUGGAGCUGGGCCAAGAAGGGGAGGACACGUCAAGGGGCUGGGAGGAACUCGGAUAAAGGCGCCGGGAGCGGAUCGCCUUUCGUCCCCGGGACCGGAAUGCCGGCUUAGGAGACCUGGACUCGCUUUCUUUCUCGGGUGGGGGGCGGUACACUGCGAGGGGCGUGGCUGGCGCUGGGUGACACUGUCGCGCUCCCCCCACUCCCCGGUGUCUGGGCGGUGUGGCCCGCACACCAGAGACCGAGGGUCAGCCACCCUGCCCGUGCGGGAAGGGUCGGACCCUGCGCCGGGACCACACAGAGACGAGGCUGGGCAUUCGGGGUCAGGGUGAAGCUUCACGCUUUCUCCAUCUCGCUCCAGUGGAUGGAUAAGUGUCACUCGCGUCCGUUAUCCCGCCACUGGUAGUCUUUCCGCAGAUUCGCUUCAAAGUAACGUCUGCCCCUUUAUAGUCCCAUCUACUUCGGAAUGGAAGUGAUGCUCCCAUUGAGUAUAGAGGAGACUGACUUCGUCCGUCUUCAGUGGCGAAAGUGCGGCGGCCGAUGUUGAAUGGGGCAAGCGGAGAGCCUCAGCUUCACUUCGCCACCUCACGCGAGUGCCGGGCAAAGCUGUCAAGUUGCCUUGGCAACUACGUCACUGGCUCCUCCCCAGGUCCCCUUUUUUUGGUUUUAGCCCCGCCUUUCCCCACCCAAAUUGACCGAAGGGUUGGGAAAGGCUGGCGAAAGUGCGGAGGCGAAUAUUAAGCGAUUGAAGUGAGCCCCUAGGGGCGGGGCUCGAGCUCGUGCUGGUUCGCUCCCAGCUGGGCCAUCUACCUGCUCCAUCGCCCGGUAUUUAGGUGGGCAGAUUCGUCUCUUGCUUUGGGAAGUUCUUCCUUCUCCCACUUUUUUGUUUUUGAUCAAGGCUCUGAUACUCAUGGGCUCAUAUUUAUUUUAGUUUUUAAAUUUAAGUUAUAUUUAUGCAACGCUAUCCAAAUACAGAGAACUAUUGAUGAAACUGCAGUCUGCAAAUGGAAGGCUAGAGAAUAAUAGCAAGGGGGCAGAGGCUUCCCCUCCAGGCAGAGGAUCCCUCUGUCAGCGUCCAUCGCCGUUCAUCAUAGCUCCUAUCGUCUUUCCUUUUAAGUUCUCCAUCCCUUUGCCUCUCUCCUUACCAGUUGGGCUAGCCCAGCCAACGCCAACGAGAUGUUUUUAUUUCUGUCAACUCCACUCCCCUCUCCAUUGCCUGAGCUCGUGACGAAUGUGUGCGAGCGAGAACAUCAGUUAUCCAGAUGGAGGGGGGAGGCGGGGUGGGGGCGGCUCGGGUUCGCGCCUGCGCGCUGCUCUGGGAGACGGCGUCCACCUCGCCCCGCCCCUCAUGCUCUGCAGUUCCGGUCCUGCAGAUUCGCUGCCCACG